CUCGAGCAAACUCCAUCUUGUGAGAGCUGUUGAGGCAGACCCAAGCGCCGUCCCCGUAAAAAAGGCGAACCUUAGAAACGACAAAAAACAGGUUAAAGUUAGCUGACGAACCGCUCGCUAACCAAGUUAUUAUUCGAAAGGAAAGCAAAUCUUAUCGUAUGUCCGAUAUCCAGAACCUCAAAUCUUAUGACCCCUUUGCUGAUGCAAUUAAGGGCGAUGACCUCCCAUGCGGGACAGACGAAUAUAUCCACAUAAGAAUCCAACAGCGGAACGGCAGGAAGACCCUCACUACUGUCCAGGGCAUUGCCACCGACUAUGACAAGAAGAAGCUAGUCAAGGCCUUCAAGAAGAAGUUUGCGUGCAAUGGGACAGUGAUUGAGCACCCAGAGUAUGGUGAAGUGAUCCAGCUUCAGGGAGACCAGCGCAGGAAUAUCUGCCACUUCCUUACUGAAAUUGGCCUGGCCAAGGACGAACAGCUCAAAGUCCACGGCUUCUAGAAGCCCCCCCUUCUCUCCUAGAAGAUCAUUUAACCCCACCACCCCCCUCCUAUGUGCUGCUGUUGCUCUUCCUCCCCCCUCUCCCCCUUUGCAACCCCACCAGCUCCUACUAGCUAACACGUGAAUUACCUCUGACAAACAUGGGAUUCUGUAACACCCCCGCCCCCACACAACAUCAGGGGGCAGGCUCGCUCUCACAAAGACACACCACUGCAGCUCCGCACAACAUCAGGGAUGAGUGGUGAUGACCCUCCUACAGUCACUUCCUCCUUCCUUUUCCCUGUUUUGUUUAUUUCCUUAUUUUUUUUUUUUCUUUUUAGGUCUUGUGCCACAGCAAGGAGGCACCAUGUCAUGUAACUUUUUUGUUUUGUACUUAAAGGUGUUUCAAUAAAACGUUCAGUCUCCAUAUGUUGGAGUGGUGUCAUGGGGGUUGUGGGCUGGGUUUGUACAGGAGGGUCAUAGACUUUAUAACUGUUUACUGCUGAAGUGGGGACAUUUAGAAGAACAAAGGCUGCAGGUGGGAGGAGGGGACAGAGAGAUUUUUGAUAAGGUAUUUGCUGCAGAAGUCAGUCUCUGUAGUUUGCCAAGAUAAGAGACUUCCCUCUUUUCAGUCUGCUUCAAAUAUCCCACUGGCAUUGUUUACAGGCCCAGCCACCUGCUCGCAGGUUACAAGAGCAGAGUUUGUGUGAAGUACUCAUCAUAUUCACCACCCCAUCCAGCAAAUUUGUUUUUUUCUCUUUAUCAUUUAGUGGCACAUUUUCUAACUUUUUUUCCUCCUUUUUGCUGCCAAUCCAAGUAUUAAAACAAAAUGGAUGAUCAGUGGUGGUCUUACUUUGAUCAAAGCGAGGCCUGUAAUGUUGAAAGCUGAGUCUGAGUUUAUUAUGUGAUCGGUUGAACCCUCCAGAGUGGGAAGUGAUCUCAAAUACUGGCAAUCUUUGGCUGUAGGUUAGUUCAGUGAAAGUAUGAUUUUUAGAUGGUAACACUGAGUAUAAUUUUGGAUUUACUGGUAAAUGAAGUGAGUUUCCUACUCUGGCACUUGACCAGCUUUCUGGUGUGGUCCGAAAAACAAAUCUGGUACCAAACCUACGGUUGUGGACACUUGAAUCUUUAAUUUCCUAUAAUGCAAUAAUUUAUAAAUAUGAGUUUGGAUGUAGUGAUGCUGAAGUAAUACAGUAAAAAUCAAAGCCAUGGCCAGGUCACACUGUGCUUCUGUGACUGAGGGUAAUGGAGAGCAAGUCCUCUUUUGCAAAAUCCACAUUUGGUUCAAUAAAAUAUCUGCAGUUGA